AUGGCAUCAACUAAUCAACCACAGGAUACAACAACAACAACAGUAUCAUCGACCACUGAUACUACAUCAAUCAACACAAGCACUGGUUCAGUACCAAUCAUUGCUCCACAUACAAAGUUCUCACUCGAUGUAUUGAAUAUUGCUCAAACAUCUCAAAUACAGAAUGGUCUUAGACAAAAGGACUACACUCGAUACAGACAGUAUUGCACGAGAAGAUUGGGUCGUGUCAGAAGUACACUAAAGAAGCAUAUUGGCAAGAAGAACUAUAUAGCCAAGCUUAACGACUCAAAGAAUAUCAUCGACUUUAGAUAUCUGCUCAUUGUGUUGAUAAAGACAGAGAGAGCAUGGGCCUACGCCAACGCCUUGAAGAAUGACUAUGAGCAGCAGGACGCACCAAGACUCAAGGUUCACAUGAACUCUAGAUUUGCCAAGGCAGCCGUUCACGCCGCUCAGCUGGAACGUUUCUGCAAAGAGGUUGCUGAUGCCUAUACGCAGGUAGAGGCGACCGCCUACGCAUCAUUUAUAAAGAGUGCCAACUUUAUGUCACAUCAGCAGUGGCUCGAGGCACUGGAGGAGAUCAUCGUCUCAAAGACGCUGUACGAGGAGAUGGCUGCACAUGGAACGCCCACCCUGCGCGAUCUUUACACACACCGCGUCGAAGAUGCCGAGCCAACCAUCAGAUACUGCAUGUACAAUCUUCGUAAUCUCGAUGGCGGUUCAGCAUCGAGCACUGUCCCACCCAAGGUGGCAGCUGCCGCCAAGGCCAGAACCGACCCACUGGUAUCCUCCAUCAAAUCAACCGGUGCGACCAGCACCUCGAGUGGUGGCGCCGCACCAAUGUCCACAAUCUCGUGGCGCUCAAGACAGGUGAGAGUGUCGUCGGAGAAGGUCAGAGAACGCCUGGUGGCACAGGAUCAAUUGGUCAAGGAGCAGAGCAGUAUAAAGGUAGCAGAGGAGGCCUUCCAGAUGUACGAGAAGAUUGUCAAGCACCUUUUGGACGCCGAGGUCAUUGUCAGGAAUGAAGUGGUCAACAUUGUCCGUUCAAACAUCACCACCAAGACUGUAAAGUCAGAGAAUGAGGAGGCUGAUCUCAAGGCCCUGCUGGCAUACAUCACCUAUCAGAAGUUCUCCCAACUGUACAAAAGAAACCAGGCUCUCCUGAACGCCUAUCUCGAGGUUCUAGAGUCUGGUGCCGCUCGCGACCAGGGCAUCGUCAAGAUCAAAAAGUCAAAGGUGACCUACCGUGACGUCGUUCGCAUCUACACCAACCAGGUCAAGGUGUUUGGUAAGAUGAUCGAGAACCGCAAUGAGACACGUCCAGACCCCACACUGGACGCUCAACUGCAGGUGGUGCGUGCGGCCCGUCUGCACUACAUCUCUGUGUGCUUGGCCGGCACCAAGAAGUGGUCCGAGUCAAUGGCCACACUGGAGCGCUCACAAACCAUCUUGGCAGCAGCCAAGAAGACCCUGGCCAACAAGCCCAACCUUGCCGAGGUGCUCAAGACCGUCCAACAGUUGGAGGCGGGUGGAGCCAGUGUCAAAUCACAGGUUCACGCCAAUGCCUUUAUCCAGCAGAUAUCAAGCGACGACGGACUGAAGAAACAGAUGAGCGAGCUGUCACUUCAAUCAAUUGGCGGUGGUGGUGGCGCCAAGAGCGAGGGCCAGCAGCAGGAUCUCAUCAGCGGACUGGACAACUUUGAUACUGGUUUCUUGGCCGAGAAGCGUUUGGUCGACUGUCCACCUCUGCAGCCAGUCCCAACAAAGCCACUCUUUUUCGAUCUGGCCUUUAACCAAUGUCAAUUCCCAUCACUAGAGGCCAGAAAGAAGGCAACAUCAAAGGGUCUUUUCGGAUUCUGGGGUCGUUAA